AUGUCUGGCAUUUGCUACACAGCUUCCCCUCUACAGCGCUUCAUCUCAACCUUGCGGGAGGUGACCCGUGUUAUCGGAGCGUUGUUUGAGCCACGUCGGAGUAGCGGUGCCCGUCACAUCGCUGCAACGCCCACGUGGGUGGACAGGAGCCCUAGUGGCACUUCGCCCAGUGCCCGGCAAUAUCACUCCGCUGUGGUUACCACAGCCGGGGAGAUGUGGGUGUUCGGCGGACACGCUGGCCAGCCCAAAGCUGCAAAGCAUGCGUCAUGGAGAAAUACCGUUUUCAAGGGAAAUUUCGAGAGCGAGCAGAAUGCGAUGUCUGGCAUUUGCUACACAGCUUCCCCUCUACAGCGCUUCAUCUCAACCUUGCGGGAGGCUGCAACGCCCACGUGGGUGGACAGGAGCCCUAGUGGCACUUCGCCCAGUGCCCGGUAUUUUCACUCCGCUGUGGUUACCACAGCCGGGGAGAUGUGGGUGUUCGGCGGAGACAAUAGCAGCAGGCAGAAUGACCUUUGGUCCUUGGACACCCAGGCUGCAACGCCCACGUGGGUGGACAGGAGCCCUAGUGGCACUUCGCCCAGUGCCCGGUCUCGUCACUCCGCCGUGGUUACCACAGCCGGGGAGAUGUGGGUGUUCGGCGGAUACGAUGGCAGCAGCUUCCUGAAUGACCUUUGGUCCUUGGACACCCAGGCUGCAACGCCCACGUGGGUGGACAGGAGCCCUGGUGGCACUUCGCCCAGUGCCCGGUAUGGUCACUCCGCUGUGGUUACCACAGCCGGGGAGAUGUGGGUGUUCGGCGGACACGCUGGCCCCAGGCUGAAUGACCUUUGGUCCUUGGACACCCAGGCUGCAACGCCCACGUGGGUGGACAGGAGCCCUGGUGGCACUUCGCCCAGUGCCCGGAUGUAUCACGCCGCUGUGGUUACCACAGCCGGGGAGAUGUGGGUGUUCGGCGGACUCGAUGGCAGCGGCUACCCGAACGACCUUCGGUCCUUGGACACUGAGACGGCCACAAGCACAAGCGCUUCAAAGAGUUCCACAACCACCGCGUCCAUAUCUACAACCAGCACGUCGACUUCAUCAACACGUACAUCUAGCACUUCUGCCACAAGUACGUCUUUGAGCACAACAUCCACGACCAGUUCAUCUUCCAGCGCGACAAGCACGUCGACCUCUUCUACCAGUACAUCCAGCACUUCCACCAGCAGCAGCACCGGUACCGCCACGACCACUAGCACCACCACCACGACCACGACCACCACUACCACCACCAGCACUGGCACUGGCACGACCACCAACAGCACUGCUACUGCCACUACCCGCAGCAGCACCGGUACUGCCACUAUCCGCAGCACUACUACGAGCAGCAUCGCUGGCACCGCGACUGCCACCAGCAGCAGCAGCACCAGCACCAGCACUAGCACUCGUACCACCACCACCACCAGCACUGGCACUGCCACGACCACCAGCACCACCAGCAGUACUGCUACUGCCACUACCCGCAGCAGCACCGGUGCUGCCACUAUCCGCAGCAUUACUACGAGCAGCGUCGCUGGCGCCGCGACUACCACCAGCAGCAGCAGCACCACCACCACCACCACCAGCACCAGCACCAGCACCAGCAGCAGCACCAGCACUAGCACUCGUACCACCAGCACUGGCACUGCCACGACCACCGGCAGCACUGCUACUGCCACUACCCGCAGCUGCACCGGUACUGCCACUAUCCGCAGCACUACUACGAGCAGCGUCGCUGGCGCCGCGACUACCAGCAGCAGCAGCAGCAGCAGCAGCAGCAGCAGCGGUACUAGCAGUGCUGGCACAACCACCAUCGAGGUCAGCUCAGCCAACCCUGGAGGACUGUUCUGCCCUCCGGGCCAACGUGUUUGUUCCAUCACAGCCUACGACAUUCAGGGCCGGCCGACCGACCUGCCACCGCCCGAGCAGCGUUGCAUGGACACGUCUUUACCGUGCCCCUGCAACGACCUCUACGAGCGGGUCUGCAAACCCAACAACUCAACAGUGUCCUGCCAGCCAAAGAUUCUCGGGCCCUGUCCCGUGUACUGCAGCGCUGAAGAGCUCCCAUGCUGGUCAACCCCCUACGAUGACGUGGGCCGAGUCGAUGGUGGCCAGUUGCCGGAGAAGAGCUGCCAUGCAACAGCUACAGGCUGCCCUUGUGAUGACACCUGGGAGAAGAGGUGUCAGUUCCAGGGGUCAUCUUCGUGCUAUCUCAAGGCCCAAGACUGUCCCCUGGACUGCGGCAAGUAUCCUAUUUGCCAUCACGCUUCGGGCAACAAGAGUUGUGCCGACAGUGCUGGGUGCAGCUGCGAAGACAACGAGCACCAAUGCCGACACCAGGAUUCGGGUCUGCACAUCUGCCUGUGGAAGGAGCGGUUCCAGGCCUGCCCGCAGACUUGUGGAGACGACCAGCUCUGCAGCAAGACGUACUUUGCGGAAGGAGUGCAGCACUUCGUCGAGGAGUGCUACCCCGGACCGUGCCCAGACCCGUGGUGCGACAGCACUGCCAAGCAGUGCGCUGGUGCUUCCGGGACCUUCUGUGUCCCUCGGGAGUUCGACUGCCCUGAAGUAUGUCAGGGACAAGAAUGUCUUGUUGACAACUUCGAUGAGCAAGGACGAUUGCAGAACUCUUCCACUACAUGCAUUCCUGAUGGAGCAGACUGCCCUUGCGGCGACAAUGCUCUUCGCUGCACCCGCCAGCGUGUGGACUUCUGUGUGGCGGAGAGCGAAGGCUGUCCUGAGAUCUGCGACCUGGCAACGCACCGCUGGUGCUAUGGCCUGUCCUUCACAGCCGAUGGCAGGCGCGACCCAGGCACAGUGAUGACGAGUUGCGUUGCCAAGUCGCAGCCGUGCAUCUGCGGGGAGCAUGCGAUGGCAUGCAACUGGACGGAUGCAAGCGGGCGCCAGAGGGAAGAGUGCUUGCCAGCAGCUGAUUCAUGUCCUGAAGUCUGUGUGGGCAAGACCUGCCUCAUUGUCGACUACAGCGUUUCCGGCGCGAUUCAAGGCAUUCGAGAGGAGUGCCUGAACGCCGAUGUCGCCUGCCCUUGUGGGCGGAACACCAUGACGUGCGGUGCGGGUCAGGAAUCUUACUGCCUUCCGCGUCUCGGGCUCAGCCGUUGUCCCCUGGUCUGUCCAGACGGCGAAGAGCCCUGCUACCGACCGAGUUUUGAUGCUCAGGGCAAUCGCCUACCCGCAGAAGAGACUUGUGUGCCAAUCGGGACCUGGUGCGGCUGCGGACAAGGCUCCUUCCCGUGCAGCACUGGGCAGGGCGAACCAGAGUGCCUACCUGCGGAAGGCUACUGUCCCGCCUGCGCACCUGGCGAAAUCGAGUGCCCGCUGGUGCAAAACUUCUUCCCGGACGGCAUGGAAGAUAGCGCCUUGGCUGCGUUGGCACGCGCUCAGAAAGGCAUGGUGCCUCCCAGCAGGCAGUGCGCUGGCAGCUUGCUCGACUGCCCGUGUGGGCACGGGGCGACAAUGUGUGCAGCCCUCAAUCGCUGCAUCUUCAAGGGUGCGGCCUGCUGCGCGAUUGAUGAGAAGACGUGUGUCGUCGUGGACUACACUCCCGACGGGAACUUCACAGGCUCUCGAGAGAUCUGCUGGGCAUUGGGCGUACCGUGUCCGUGUGGCGCAAACACGCAGCGCUGCCCCGGAGCAGAGCUUUGCCUCCCUGCGUUGCAGAAGGCCGCCGUGUGCCCCUGCGAGCAUCGGCAGCUCUGUGGCAAGAAGGGUUGCACGCGGAAGUGUGCCGGAGAUGUCCUGGAAGCUUUGCGUGGACAGGGAAGCGCCUUGUCCGUGCGGCCGGAAUUCGCCGACGGCCAAGACGACCGUCUUCGGAAUGAUGCGAACGGCACGCUGUGCGUGGCGAAGGUCAUCAGUCGCUUUGCUGACUUGCUGGUGAUGUCGUUAUAUUCGUUCGGCUCCAUCCACACAUUUGAGCCCAAUCCGAGUGGCAUUGCAAACUCAUGUCCGACGCCAUGCUCCCGAGACGAGUUGGCUCGAGGCAGCCAGACCUGCGUGCAGCUUCCUGGCAGGAACAUCAGAUGUUGCUUGCCGUUCGGCCUUUGCGACGCCGGCAUGCCAAUGAAGACCUGCCAGGGCCCCGUGCCUUACAGGGGAGCUGCAGUGGAGUCCGGCUAUCCGUGCUUGCAGGUCCCUCUGGCGCCGCGAUACCUGUUUGGCAGCCCUGUGAGUUCGGCCGUGCUUCCAGAGGCAACACCAGCAUUGAGGUUGCGGACGGGUGCGACGGAGUCUUUAGCCACGGUGGCACUUGCACUCCAAUUCCUGCUCGAAAUCCCAAAUGAGCGCCUUCGGUUUGCGGUCACCGGCCCGGAUGGAUCAGGACUGGCAGGCACCUGGGAGGAUCCCAGCGACCUCAUCUUGCGCUUGAGGGACAAGGUCCAGGGAAGCGGACGCUCACAAGCAUUUGCCAGCGUUGACACACAGCAUAUCCUGCUGCUGCCAGAGGAAGUGGACGACCAGGAGGCCAACCUGUCAAUCGGUUGCUGUUUGCGGUACUUGACAAGGCCCCGUGUCUGCCUUGAUCUGAGAAAACUUUCCUUUCACGAUUUGAAAGUCUGCUGCGAGGCAGAUGUCGCUGUCGUCGUGGUCAUAUCCUCGCUGCCCCUCAGCUGCAGAGGCACGGUGAUGUUGCAGCAAGACUCCAGGUCCACUUGCCUCCUGGUGCCUGAAUUCGAGGAUGCCAAAGCCCAGGCGAGCAGUAUCCCAGAUGGCUCCGGCUCUCGUCUGGCCAUGAUCUCCGCGAGAUUUAAUGGUGGGCCAGUAGAGAUGCAGAUGCGAAGUGUGCAGAAGAUCCUGGCAGAGCGCAACUACAGGGUUCUAGUUGUCCAGGCAAGUGCGGGCGACGACUUUGGUGACUUGACGUUGAAGUACCUGCACCAAGUCAAAGAAGAGAAUGGAGUCAUGCUGGCAGUCUGCACAGCGGACUACGCCGAGAUGACAUCGUCACAGUACUCCUCGCACAAGGAGCUUCGCUACUCGCUGGACAACGACAUCGACGUGCUUCCCCUGCGAGUGGAAGAGACCUACCCUCCACAGCCCCCCUUCGGUGAAAAUCAUCCCCAUGAUCAACAGGGGGUGGGCCAGGCCCUUGUCCACAUGAAGCUGCCACCAUCGCUUGUCUAUCUAGACUGCAGAGAAAAGACUUCCAUGCAGAUUGCAACCGCUGUGGCUAAAGAAUUGAGCAGCGAGAAGGCGGGGCUCAGGGCGAGGCAGCAUGCGAAGCACUUCACAUGUUCGUGCCUGACAGGCUCAGAGUGUGGGAGUCUGUUGCUGAGUAAGCUCUGGGUCACAGGCUCUGGUGAAGAUGCGCUCCACGACAUCGUUGGCAUCGAACCGGCCUCGAGAAGCAGAGGUCACAUUCUUGCAUGGUCCAGGGUCAUGCCGAACUUGAGUACCAUUGCAAGUGCGGCCUGGACCGUCCCAUCGUUCUCGUCUUCUGCACAGGGACGCAACCAAGCUCCGACAGCCAGUGACAGGAAAGACUUGGUAUUUGCAGCACAAAGGCGAUACCGCACCAGGAACUUGGGCUUGGUCUUCAACAGCUUCAACAGCUUUCUUUGCGUGACCAGGCUGCAAAGAGACAGCAUCCGCCAAAGCAAGGGCAGCGGGACCAAUAGCGGGUUAGGUUGGUUGGAUAUGCUGCACAUUCCUUCUGAUGCGUACUUUGGUCAGGGGGCGGAUGAUACGCUGGUCGUUGUAGAAGAAAUAUCCGCGGAGACAAGCCCACAGGACCUGCCCACCGCGUUUGGGUCAAGAAAUCGGGGGUAUGUCUGUGCAGUGAAGCGUUCCGUCGAAACGCGCCAGGUCAGCGACAUCCCAGAUGGCGUUGGCACUCGCCUGGCUAUGCUAUCCGCGCGACGAUUCAACAAUGCAUCGGUGAUGAGGCAGAUGCAGGCUGUGCAACAGAUCCUGACCUUGCGCAACUACGAGGUGGUGGUGGUGGAUACAGAUGCGGGAGCUGACCUGGGACACAAUACGAUGGCCUGCCUAGGCCGGAUUAAGCGUGAACAAGGCAUCAUCCUGGGAGUUUGUACCUGGGAUUAUGCCGAAGUGACAUCGUCACAGUACUCCUCGCACAAGGAGCUUCGAUACGCGCUGGACAACGACAUCGACGUGCUUCCCCUGCGAGUGGAAGAGACCUAUCCUCCAAUGCCCCCCUUCGGUGAAAAUCAUCCCCACGAUCAACACGGGGUGGGUCAGGCCCUUGUCCACAUGAAGCUGCCACCAUCGCUUGUCCCUUUGGACUGUCGGGGUAAAACAGCGGUCCAGAUCGCGUAUGAUGUCGCUGGGAGAUUGGGCAUCGAGAAGGCCGGCCGCUCUCUUCGAGAUGCAGGAGAUCCCUCAGUCUCGAAUUCAAGGACAAGGUCUUUCACAUCCUCGCCACCGUUGCCUUGA